AAUAAAUGGACAAAAGAAAUGAUCAAUCCACGGAUCAUGGAAAACAAAAAAUUCCAAAUUUGUUAUUACUGGUUGCUUUACAUUAUGACAGGCGGUCCGUUACACCAGGUACUCCGCGAUGGUAAAAGGCAGGCAAAGCAUAUUUACUCGCUUUUAUUCCCAAAAUAAAAAUCUUUUUUUCUCUCUCUCUUCACUGCAUUUUUCUCUACUCUCCCUCUCUCUCUCUCUCAAUGCAGACGUCUCCCUUAGUCUCCCCCUUCUCCACUUUGCGACCUGUAAUCACACCUCUCUGCCAUUUCCCUUGCCUUCAAACCCUAAAAUCUCAACAAUCUCAUUCCAAUGGCUUCUUCUUAAACAAUUGUUUCUGUAGCACCCAAAAAUGUCCUCACGCUGUUAAAUUUAGCAUAUAUGCAGAGGCCACACCAUGCCAUAUCAGUAAUCAUCAGAUUUGUCACCGGUUUCAUGGCGAUGCUGGCCUUCGGAAGUGUACAGAUGUUUCCACUUUGGGUAAUCUCUGUGUUGAUAUCGUUCUCAACGUGCCAAGCUUGCCUCCUGCCUCUGUUGAGGAGAAGAGAGAAUACAUGGGCAGGCUUUCUGCUUCGAAGCCGGAUAUGAAAUACUGGGAAGCUGGUGGUAACUGCAACUUGGCAAUAGCUGCAGCUCGGCUUGGGCUCUGUUGUGUCACUCUUGGUCAUGUUGGUCAUGAAAUUUAUGGAAGGUUCCUACUGGAUGUGUUAGGAGAUGAGGGUAUUACCAUGGUAGGAAUGGAUGGAGAUACCGAACUUGGUGCAGAAAACAGUUCCUUCUAUGAAACACUUAUAUGCUGGGUUUUGGUGGACCCUUUGCAAAGGCAUGGAUUUUGCAGCCGAUCUGAUUUUAGCAAGGAUCCAGCAUUCAAUUGGAUGAUAAAACUAUCAAGGAACGUGGAAUUGGCAAUCAGACAAUCAAAGAUAUUAUUCUGCAAUGGUUAUAUCUUUGAUGAACUUUCUCCUGAUCUUAUUGUCUCUGCAAUAAAUUUUGCAAGCGAUGUGGGUACGUCAAUAUUUUUUGAUCCUGGGCCACGAGCAAAGUCUCUUUCUAAGGGUCUACCUAUUGAACAAAGAGCUCUUAACAAGUUUCUGGGGAUGAGUGAUGUUCUUCUUUUGACUGCUGAUGAGGCUGAAUCAUUAACUGGUGUGGCCAACCCAGUUAUGGCUGGUCAAGAGCUAAUCAGGAGAGGACUGCACACCAAAUGGGUCAUAAUAAAACUUGGUUCAAUGGGUUCCAUUUUGAUAACAAAAUCACAUAUAUUUUGUGCACCAGCUUUCAAGGUUGAUGUGGUUGACACUGUGGGAUGCGGUGAUAGCUUUUCAGCAGCCAUAAUCUAUGGAUUCUUAAAUAAUAUACCAGAGAUCCACACACUACUACUUGCAAAUGCAGUAGGUGGUGCAACUGCAACAGGCUGUGGAGCAGGUCGGCAUGUUGCCACAUUAGAUAAAGUGUUAGAGCUUUUGCGCGCCUCAAAUCUAUAUGAGGAGGAGAGAUUAUGGAGUGAGUUAAAUGAUGGAGAUGUUGAUGGUAUGGAGGUAACAGUGCUUCAAAAAACAGCAAUUAAUGGCUCAAGGGAUCAUUUAAAUCGUAUCUCUGUGAAAAAGGUUGUCGCAGACCUCUUGCCUCGGCUUGAGAAUAUGAAGGAAAGAACAAUAGCGCCGUUAAGUUGAGAAGAAAUGAGUCUAAGGAGCUGUAAGGGCCUUUGAGAUGACGAAAGUCGUUCAAAAGGGUGGUUUGGGGUUUUUCUCUCCCAUAGUGCUGGAGCCAGGUUUUGAUUCAUAAUAAAUGCUAGUGGUAGCUUCUCCUAUGCUCCAGCCAUGAUUCUUUUGUCACUGAUGCACUGAACCCGCCAUCACGAUUGAUAGUUCCUGAUGCAUAGAGUAUGUGGGGCAUUGUGGAGUGCUAUCAACCUUGAGAGAUUUUGCUUAUUGGUUUCAAGUACAUUUAUGUAUUUGGCUAAAUUGGGAUUCCUGCUUGGGCUUGUUUAAGGUGUUAACAAUAGCAGCAUUAUGUCCCAAGUUUGAAUCCUGCCUGCUGAAGUGCCAAAAAAUAAUAUAUUUGAGUAAAUUGGUUCUUCUUAUGCUUCUUGUGUGUUA